AUGAGUAGCCGCCACCAUCACCAUCAUAGCAACCGGCACAAGGGAUAUGAGGAUCCAUGUGAUAUGCGAGCCAGGUUCGUCAGUAAGGACCUCCACGAGAAGAAUGAGGCACGAUUCUUAGAAGUAGUCCAGACUGCUUGUAGACUUCAUGAUGACUAUGUGGAUUUGAGUACUGCUAUAAAGCAGACUAUGGAUGAAACCUAUGGACCCACAUGGCACGUUGUUGUAGGACCAAACUUUGCUAGCCACAUAAUGCACGAGAAAUGCGCUUUUGCCCACAUUAAAUGCAAUGGCCUAUCUUUUCUCAUCUACAAAUAUGGAUAG